UGUUACCUAGAAAAUGGAAGUCAAAAGUCACUGGCAACAUUAUAAAAUCAGAAUGGCUAUUGAUUUUGUUGUGCGUUUCUGUCUCACAACUGGUAUCUAAAACAAUCAGAGUUUUGUUGUUUUCCAUUGCAAAUACAUGCAAAUGAAGAGCUGAUUCUCUUACGCGGUGGAUAGCUCCUGGAUGGUUAUUUAACCCGAAUGGAUUCCACAAAUAUUUCUUACAAAGCCUGCAACGCACGAAACAAAUCAUUUAAACUCAGCAUGCAAAAGGUUUCAAUACUAAUGUGGCUCUGAGAAGAGUAACAUGCAGCAACUGUGGGGAGAACCUGGAGUAUCCGCAAGGCAGGAAUGUGGAAGGUGUCUGUCGGUGUUUCUACACCGCCAAUGAAUCCAAAGUAUCCCCGGUCCAGGGAAUUCACAAGAGGGAUGAACGGUACAAUGGUUGUCGAUCCGAUAACCCGAGGAAAAGAGAGCCCAUGCAUCACGUUGGGAACAUUGAGUUCAAGGGAUCUGGAAAGAAGCGAGGCAAGUUUGUGAUAGAGCACUGCACCACAGACCCAGCAGCCCUCUAUGAGGUCCUGACGGAGGAAUGGAACCUGACACCCCCCCACCUGGUAGUGUCGCUCGUGGGGGGGGAUGAGGACUUCCAGAUGAAACCCUGGCUGAGGGACACUUUGAGGAAGGGGCUUGUGAAAGCAGCGCAGAGCACUGGUGCUUGGAUCGUCACCAGCGGGCUGCGUGUCGGCAUCACCAGGCACGUAGGAGAGGCAGUCCGGGAUCAUUCACUGGCCAGCACCUCUUCAAAGGUCAAGGUCAUUGCCAUUGGAAUUGCACCCUGGAAAAUGAUCCAUGACAAAGAGACAUUGCUCACUGCUAAGCCUGGCAAGCCGGCAUUUUAUGAGACAGCAGAGCAGCCAUCUGGCUCAUUAUAUUCUCUGGACAGCAACCACUCUCAUUUCAUACUGGUGGAUGAGGAUGAGAGGCACAAAGAUGGAACAACUGAGAUGAGAAUCAAACUCCUGAAACACAUCUCUGAGCAGCGCACAGGGUAUAGAGGAACUGGUAUUGAGAUCCCUGUACUUUGCUUACUGGUACAUGGACAACCACAUAUUCUUGAGAGGAUAUACAGGGGGAUGUUGAACUCAACUCCCUGGCUCAUCCUGGCAGGGUCUGGGGGGAUUGCUGACAUCCUGGUGGACAUGAUGAGCAGACCCUGUGACCCUGAUAAUGUGCAGGAGCAGCUGCAGGAGAAAUUCCAUACAGAAUUCGCAUGGACGGACAUCUUAAAAUGUACAAAGAUUAUUCAGAUUAUCCUAGAGCACCGUCACCUCUUAACCAUACACAACCCAGGACAGGAAGGAUCUGACGAACUUGACACGGUCAUUCUGAAGGCACUAGUAAAAGCUUGUAAAAGCCAAAGCCAAGAAGCCCAGGAAUAUCUGGAUGAGCUGAAGCUGGCUGUAGCCUGGAACAGAGUGGACAUUGCCAAGAGUGAGAUCUUCAGUGGAGAGGUGGAAUGGCGGCCUUGUGACCUGGAAGAAGUCAUGAUGGAUGCCUUGGUCAGCAACAAGCCCGAUUUUGUGAAGCUUUUCAUUGACAACGGGAUGAACAUGUGCGACUUCCUGACAUACAGCAAACUCCAGGACUUGUACUGUGCAAUCCCUCCGAAGUGCCUUCUCUACCAACUCCUGCAGAAGAAACACGAGGAGACCAAACUCUCCAUAUCAGCACGGAAUGACAGCAUGGCAGAUUCCCUAGAGCAGAAACCAAAGUUCACUCUGUAUGAGGUCUCCAGAGUGCUCAAAGACUUCCUGCACGAUUCCUGCAAAGGAUUUUAUCAGGAGACCACCAAGAGAGGAACAAUGGAAAGAUCCAGUAUAAAUCGAGUCAGUCAUGUGCAAAAGGCCUCACUUAACAUGAACCAAAAAUGUGAGAAUCCGUGGAGGGAUCUCUUUCUCUGGGCAGUCCUUCAGAACAGACAGGAAAUGGCCAACUACUUUUGGGCUACGGGCCCGGAGGCAGUGGCAGCAGCUCUAGCUGGCUGCAAGAUCCUGAAAGAGAUGGCUCACCUGGAAUCAGAGGCGGAGUCUGCUCGAAGCAUGAAGGAGGCUAAAUAUGAGCAAUUCGCACUGGACUUGUUCAGUGAAUGCUACACCAACAGUGAGGACAGGGCCUUCGCUUUGCUGGUCAGAAAGACAAAGUCCUGGAACAAAACCACCUGCCUAGACCUGGCAACAGAAGCCGAUGCCAAGUCCUUCUUUGCCCAUGAUGGUGUUCAGUCUCACUUGACGAAAAUGUGGUGGGGAGCCAUGAAGUCAGACACCCGGAUAUGGAAACUAGUGCUGUCAUUCUUCUGUCCUCCUCUAAUUUACACCAACUUAAUAACAUUCAGUGAGGACGAGCAUCACACAGUGGAUGGAGCGGAGCAGUUUAAAGAACUUGACAGCCAGGAUAGUGAGAAGGCAAUGCUGCUCACGCAGAGGCAGAACAGUGACACGAUCAAGCCUGAAAAACAGGUAACGGCCAGCAAUAACGUCUGCAUGAAGUUCCUGUUCACGAGAUGGAAGAAGUUCUGGGGUGCCCCGGUCACUGUGUUCCUGGGCAAUGUCAUCAUGUACUUUGCGUUCCUCUUCCUUUUCACUUAUGUCAUCUUGGUGGACUUCCAGCCCCCUCCUCCCUACGGCCCGUCCAUCCCAGAGAUCACCCUCUACUUCUGGGUCUUCACCCUGGUGUUGGAGGAGCUGCGACAGAGUUUCUUUACUGAUGAAGACACCAGCAUCAUAAAGAAGUUCAAGCUCUAUGUGGAAGACAGCUGGAACAAGUGUGACAUGGUGGCCAUCCUGCUGUUCGUGGUCGGGGUGUCUUGCAGGAUGGCAUGGUCUACAUACGAAGCAGGCCGUACAGUCCUGGCCCUAGAUUUCAUGGUGUUUGCUCUCCGGUUGAUUCACAUCUUCGCCAUCCACAAGCAGCUCGGCCCAAAGAUUAUAAUUGUUGAAAGAAUGAUGAAGGAUGUCUUCUUCUUCCUCUUUUUCCUGAGUGUCUGGCUCAUUGCCUACGGAGUGGCCACUCAAGCCCUGCUGCACCCCAACGACAAUCGGGUCGACUGGAUCUUCCGACGCGUGCUUUACCGGCCCUACCUACAUAUAUUUGGACAGAUCCCACUGGAAGAGAUUGAUGGCGCUCGCAUGCCAGAGCAAAACUGCACCAUCGACCCCAUUGAGAUAAUGAAAGAAACGUUUUCCCCGUGUCCUAAUCUAUAUGCAAACUGGCUGGUCAUCCUAUUACUGGUCAUCUUCCUCCUGGUCACCAACGUGCUGCUCCUCAACCUCCUGAUCGCAAUGUUCAGUUAUACCUUCCAGGUUGUUCAGGGAAACGCAGACAUCUUUUGGAAGUUCCAGCGCUACAACCUGAUAGUGGAGUACUUCAGCAGACCUUCCCUGGCACCGCCCUUCAUUAUCAUCAGCCACAUCUCCCAGGUUAUCUGCAGCAUGUUCAAAAAUGCAGAGCCCAAGCAGGAGCUCUUAGAGCGAGACUUUCCAGAAGGUCUUGAUCAGAAACUUAUGACCUGGGAAACAGUUCAGAAGGAGAACUACCUGGCAAAUCUGGAGAAAGAGGAAAGAGAGAGCAGUGAGGAGAGACUGAAGAAAACCUCUCACAAGGUGGAUUCUCUUUUAAAGAUUAUUGGAGGAUUUAAGGAGCAAGAAAAACGACUAGUGACUGUUGAGACGCAGAUUAAGUACUGCAGUGACGUGCUUUCCUGGCUUGCAGACUGUUUCACACAGAGCAGCCUCAAGUGUAACAGAGCAGCUCCAAAACACUCAAGUUCCAUGGUGAGCGGUUCAAAGAAGCAGCAGAGGUGUAUGGCUGAGGAGGAGAGCACUGCCAGGACAGACAUUUUGAUGACUGACUUGAAGUACAUUGAUGACUGACUAUGUAAUACAAACCAACAAUGGACCAGUUAAACACAUUUGCACUGAAGGAUUAAAAACAAGGGUCAGUUAUUAAUAAGUGUAGUAACUCUAAAAAUAAAUUUAGUUUUAAUGUAGUUUUGUGGAAACCUCCAAUUUAACCAACAAACAAGGGUCUGCAAGAUCGGAUUUUACCUACAAGUGAUGGCCAUAAAUGAAGCGUUUACUAUGGAAGUGGUUUCUACUUUAAUGUAACUACAGCACAGUACCAAUGGGUAUAUUUCUGGAAGCUCUCUUCCCUAAUGCCACAAUCCCCCGUAGGCCCGGUUGUGCAAUUUGGAUUAUUUUUAAGCUUUUUCCAUUUUUUAUGCAAGCACAAUUAAAACAACUUAAGUCUUUAGCUUUGUGAGAUACAUAUUAUUUAAAGAUACAUAUUAAAAGAUGAUAUUGUUGAAAGAGGCUAACAGAUGCAUUGACUUGAUUGGAACAUAGCUCAGUCUGUUAUCGAUCAGAUCACCCAAUCUCAUGGGCUAUAACAAUGAAAACAGGGACCAUGUAUAUAAAAUACAGCUGGAAUCAAUGAAGUACUUUCCUUAUAUAUAGUCCUGCAUCCGUUUAGCAGAGUGGUCUAAUUUGGAAUACUGUGGUGUGCCCAAAAGACUCCA